AUGGCACUCAAUGCGAAUGAGAUAGCACUCUUGGGCCAGCCUGCCAUCGAUGCCAUUGAAUAUGGCCAUCAACGUGUGGAUUAUGCCCCCUCGGAAGCCAGGAAGAUCGGAAAGUACACCAUUGUCGCCCUCAUUCUCAAUCGAAUCAUCGGCUCCGGCAUCUUUUUGACCCCCCACAGAGUCCUCGCUGGAACUGGCUGUGUCGGAGGUGCUCUCUUUCUGUGGGUUGUCGGAGCCCUUCUGUCGCUAUGUGGCCUCUACGUCUGGCUCGAGUGUGGCCUCUCCAUGCCACAGCGGAAGAUCAGCGGCGAGACCGAACCUCGAGGAGUUCCCAGGUCUGGCGGAGAAAAGAACUUCCUCGAAUUCAUGUUCCCCAACACUAAUCUCCGCCUGCCUCACAUCAGAACGACGUGUUCGUUCUCCAUCAUGUUCAUUCUCUUGUACAACCUGUCCGGGAACGCCAUCUCAUUCGGCCUACAGGUGAUGACGGCUAGUGGCAUUUACGACCCUGCGAGUGGCGAGACGCCCGAUCGAGCCACAGCGGUGGGUAUCGCGAUCGGCGCCUUGACCUUCGUUGUGCUUCUGCACAUGUUCUCCAGACGCGGUGGCAUUUUGGUCAACAACGCUUUCGCCAUAAUCAAAGUCUCGCUUCUCUUGGCCAUAAUCUGCCUCGGCAUAGCAAAGGCAGCAGGCCGAUUUCCUAACAGCCCCGGCGAUGACUCCAAUGCCGAGGUGAUCAGAAAAAAUUUCCGUGAGGGUGUCUGGUCCACUCAACGCUCCGAUGCGUCCUCCUGGUCCAACUCACUCAUGCUGUGCAUGUACAGCUUCAGCGGGUUCGAACAGCCCUUCUACAUUCUUGCUGAGACCAAAAGUCCAAGACGCCAUUUCCCAAAGUACACCGUGAUAGCCAUGAUGAUAGCGAUUGUCCUCUUUGUUGCCGUCAACAUCAGCUAUCUCCUCGUUGUCGACAAGGACCUCAUCUUGGACGACGAGACAUACAAAAAUGAUCUCGCCUCCCUUUUCUUCACACACCUCUUCCAAGGAGACAACCAGCAAGCCACCCAGGCAAUGGCGGCUCUUAUUGCCUUGUCGAUCUUUGGGAACCUGGUCGUCAUGACCUUCACCGCGGCGCGCGUCAAGCAGGAGAUCGCCAAAGAGGGCAUCCUGCCAUGGUCCCUCUUCUUCGCCACCUCAUACACCACACCCUACGGCCUCUUGAAGAAGUGGAUGUCCCACCGUCAGCUGGCCGAUCACGAAGUUGAAGAAGCGCCGACCGCUGCCUUCAUCAUGCACUGGUGUACAUCAGUCCUCCUCAUCCUGGUGACAAUCCCCGUGACCGACCCUCGCUACGCCUACUCAGCCCUGGUGUCCCUGUACUCGUACACCAUCGUCGGGCUCCUCGGCUUCUGGGUCUCGGGCGGCCUACUCCUCAUCAAACUCCAACGCUCCAAAUUCCACUGGCAAGACCGCCGGCGCUACCGACCCUGGCUCUCCCCCGCCCACCCCAUCCUCUACUUCCUCGCCUCGGCAUUCAUGCUCAUCGCCGCCUUCAUCCCGCCCACCACCGGCUCACCCUUCCACCAUACCAUCACCGGGUUCCAAUGGUACAUUAUCCCCGCUAUUGGCAUCUCCGCCCCGCUCUGGGGCGUCGUCUACUACUGGGGCUUGCUGAUCUACGAGUGGAAGAUCGGCAAGCAGCUGGACGUCACGCGCCAGGCGUACUGGGCACAGGACCCGGACUGCCCAGGCGAGUACGUGCAGCGCGCCGAGAUCAUCGACCACACCUGGCUCAUCACGGCGCGCGGCGACAACAUGUCUGACGGAUUCGCAGAGCCAACAGCGGCCUUGGACGAGGAGCUUGCGAGGAGGGGGGGAGACAAUUUCGGGAUGCGGGAGCGGCGUGAGCCUGCUGCUGGUAAAUAUGAUAACGACGACGAUAGCAUCUUCGGCGGGGCCACGGGAGGGCGGAAUCCGCAGGUGCGGCGCUUGUCGGAUGGGUUCUAG